AUGUCAGUGCCUCUCGUUUCAAAGCCGGACUCUGGGUGUCAUGUCUACGACAAGCAGGGAGACAAGGAGCGGGGAGAUACGCCAACGAUCGUCACUGUCCGCGAGGUCGACGAAAGUACCAUCUCCACUCGAAGCAACCGCCAGAACCGAUGGACCCGCAGGUUGCUCAAGGCUGGCGUCGAAGGCCGAGGCAUCGUACCUGUUCCACCAGAAGAGCAAACGGACACCCAAUUCUACAAGCUCUUCUUCCUCUUUUUUACAUGGAACAUCAAUAUCUUGACGUUCUCUGCUGGAACGCUAGGCCCCGUCAUCUUUGGCCUUGGACUCGGGGAUUCCUGCCUCGCCAUCAUAUUUUUCAACGCGCUCUUCUGCAUCCCAGGGUCUUACGAGGUCACCUGGGGACCCAAGCUCGGAAUGCGAACCAUGGUCCUGGCAAGGUAUUCUUUCGGGUACUACGGUACUAUGCCCCUGGCUUUCUUGAACCUCGUCACAAUGAUCGGGUUCUCCAUUAUGGCCGCGAUCGUUGGGGGGCAGGCACUGGCUAGCAUCACGGAUGGACUGAGUUGGGCCAUUGGUAUCGUCGUUGUCUGCAUUGUCUCGCUACUAGUCUCGUUCUGUGGAGUUAAGGUCCUGAAUUGGCUAUCCCUAAUCGGAUGGAUACCAUUCCUCACUACCUUUAUUAUCGCUGCCGGGUUUGGAGGGAAACAUUUCCCAAACCCUCCUCCCGCUACUACACCGUUGACUGCUUCAGCUAUCAUCGGAUACGCAUCAAGUUUAGCAGGAUUCACCAUCACAUACUGUCCUCUCGCAACUGAUGCAUCCGUUUACUAUCGACCUAACGUCUCAGCAUGGAGGGUCUUCCUGUACGUUUACAGUGGACUCGUACUAUCCCUCAUCCCAAUUCAAUGCCUAGGCGCAGCGACAGCCAUUGCAGCAACAACCAUUCCCGAAUGGCAACAACGAUACGGCGGAGCAGACGUCGGUGCUCUACUGGGCGCCGUUCUCCAACCCCUCGGUGGAUUCGGCAAAUUCCUCUCCGUCCUUCUCGCCUUGUCAAUCACUCCAAACAUCGCGGCAACGUCGUAUUCGAUCACCGUUAUCUGGCAAGCGUGUAUCCCUCGAUUCGCAGCUAUACCAAGAUACGUUUAUGCCGUUGUUUCGACCGCCAUUAUGAUAGCAAUCGCCAUCCCCGGUGCAUCCAAGUUCUACGAUACUCUCACCAACCUCCUCGGUCUCACGGGCUACUGGGCCGCAGCGUUCAUCGCUGUUAUAUUCCUCGAGCACAUUUAUUUCAGAAGGCAGGACUCCAGGAACUACGAGGUUGCUGCCUGGAACGACCCGCGAAAGCUACCCUUGGGGAUUGCCGCUGCGGCUGCCUCGAUAGGGUCAUUCGCAGUGGUUGUCCCGUGCAUGGAUCAAACGUGGUUCACGGGUCCCAUUGCAAAGAUAACUGGCGAUAUUGGGUUUGAGGUUGCGAUGGCCGCUACUGGAUUGCUGUACGUCCCACUUAGACUGAUCGAAAAGAGGGUGACGGGGCGGUGA